UUGAGUGUGUUAGCAUGCUGGUGAUCCUGCUCAACUGCGUGACACUGGGCAUGUACCGGCCCUGUGACGACAUGGACUGCCUGUCUGAUCGCUGCAAGAUCCUGCAGGUCUUCGAUGACUUCAUCUUUGUCUUCUUUGCCAUGGAGAUGGUGCUCAAGAUGGUGGCCCUCGGCAUUUUUGGGAAGAAGUGUUACCUUGGGGACACGUGGAACAGGCUGGAUUUCUUCAUCGUCAUGGCAGGGAUGGUGGAGUAUUCGCUGGACCUGCAGAACAUCAAUCUGUCGGCCAUCCGCACUGUGCGAGUCCUGAGGCCCCUCAAAGCCAUCAACCGAGUGCCCAGUAUGCGGAUCCUGGUGAAUCUGCUCCUGGAUACGCUGCCCAUGCUGGGGAACGUCCUCCUGCUCUGCUUCUUUGUCUUCUUCAUCUUUGGCAUCAUCGGUGUGCAGCUCUGGGCAGGCUUGCUGCGGAACCGCUGCUUCCUGGAGGAGAACUUCACCAUACAAGGGGAUGUGGCUCUACCGCCCUAUUACCAGCCUGAGGAGGACGAUGAGAUGCCCUUCAUUUGCUCCCUGUCGGGAGACAAUGGCAUCAUGGGCUGCCACGAGAUCCCCCCGCUCAAGGAGCAGGGUCGAGAGUGCUGCCUGUCCAAGGAUGAUGUGUACGACUUCGGGCCAGGGCGCCAGGACCUCAACGCCAGCGGGCUCUGUGUCAACUGGAACCGCUACUACAACGUGUGCCGCACGGGCAGCGCCAACCCUCACAAAGGCGCCAUCAACUUUGACAAUAUUGGCUAUGCCUGGAUUGUCAUCUUCCAGGUGAUCACACUGGAGGGUUGGGUGGAGAUCAUGUACUAUGUGAUGGACGCACACUCCUUCUACAACUUCAUCUACUUCAUCCUGCUCAUCAUAGUGGGCUCCUUCUUCAUGAUCAACCUGUGCCUCGUUGUCAUAGCGACCCAGUUCUCGGAGACCAAGCAGCGGGAGCACCGGCUGAUGCUGGAGCAGCGGCAGCGCUACCUGUCGUCCAGCACGGUGGCCAGCUAUGCCGAGCCUGGCGACUGCUACGAGGAGAUCUUCCAGUACAUCUGCCACAUCCUGCGCAAGGCCAAGCGCCGCGCCCUGGGCCUCUACCAGGUCCUGCAGAGCCGGCGCCAGGCCUGCAGCCCAAACAUGCCCACCUCCGCCAAGCCCGGGGCCCAUGCCAAGGAGCCCAGGCACUAUAGACUGUGCCUGAGACACAUGCCCCUGGAUCCCACUCCCCACACGAUGGUGCAGCCCAUCUCUGCCAUACUGGCCUCCGACCCUGCCAGCUGCCCCCGCUGUCUGCAUGAGGCUGGCCCGGGCAGCACUGACUCGGGCCAGGAGGACUCAGGUUCUUCCAUGGUCUCAGGCCGUGCAGAGGCUGACGACGAUAGGGCCAGUGGCCAGAGCAGCGAGGAAGGGGCCUCCUCGGAGCUGGGGAAGGAGGACGAGGAGGAGCCAGUGGAUGGGCCUGCCCAACUGUGCGGGGCUGUAUGGCGGGAGACGCGAGCCAAGCUGCGUGGCAUCGUGGACAGCAAGUACUUCAACCGCGGCAUCAUGAUGGCCAUCCUGGUCAACACUGUCAGCAUGGGCAUCGAGCACCAUGAGCAGCCCGAGGAGCUGACCAACAUCCUAGAGAUUUGCAACGUGGUCUUCACCAGCAUGUUUGCCCUGGAGAUGCUCCUGAAGCUGGCUGCCUUUGGGCUCUUCGACUACCUGCGCAACCCCUACAACAUCUUUGACAGCAUCAUAGUCAUCAUCAGCAUCUGGGAGAUUGUGGGGCAGGCCGACGGGGGCCUGUCGGUGCUACGCACCUUCCGGCUGCUGCGGGUGCUGAAGCUGGUGCGCUUCAUGCCCGCCCUGCGGCGCCAGCUGGUGGUGCUCAUGAAGACCAUGGACAACGUGGCCACCUUCUGCAUGCUGCUUAUGCUCUUCAUCUUCAUCUUCAGCAUCCUGGGGAUGCACAUCUUUGGCUGCAAAUUCAGCCUCCGCACGGACACGGGGGACACAGUCCCUGACAGGAAGAACUUCGACUCCCUGCUGUGGGCUAUCGUCACGGUGUUUCAGAUCCUUACCCAGGAGGACUGGAAUGUCGUCCUGUACAAUGGCAUGGCUUCCACUUCCCCCUGGGCCUCUCUCUACUUUGUCGCCCUCAUGACCUUCGGCAACUAUGUCCUCUUCAACCUGCUGGUGGCCAUCUUGGUGGAGGGCUUCCAGGCAGAGGGGGAUGCCAACCGCUCCUACUCAGACGAGGACCAGAGCUCAUCCAACCUGGAGGACUUUGACAAGCUCCCAGAGGGCCUGGAGGGUGGCGGAGAUCCCAAGCUCUGCCCAAUCCCCAUGACCCCCAAUGGGCACCUGGACCCCAGCCACCCACUGGGUGGACACCUGUGCUCCAUGGGGGCUUCUGCCCCUGCCCCCCGCCUGUCACUGCAGCCAGAUCCCGUCCUUGUGGCUCUGGGCUCUCGCAAGAGCAGUGUCAUGUCCCUGGGGAGGGUCAGCUGCGACCAGAGCUCCCUGUCCAGCUCCCGAAGCUCCCGCUAUGGGCUGUGCUAUGGGCCUGGGGCGCGGGGCCGUAGCGGGGCCUGGGCCAGCCGCCGCUCCAGCUGGAACAGCCUCAAGCACAAGCACCCCUCGGCUGAGCACGAGUCCCUGCUGUCAGUGGAGCGCGCUGGGGGCCAGGCCUGUGAGGGCGCCCUGGAGGAAGGGCCUUCUCGGGCUGUGCCACUCCACACCCUGCAUGCCCACCACACCCACCACACCCACCAUGGCCCCCACCCGGCUCACCGCCAGCGCCACCACCGCCGCACGCUCUCCCUGGACACCCGGGACUCGGUGGACCUGGCCGAGCUGGUGCCAGCAGCGGGCGCCCACUCACGGUCAUCCUGGAGGAUGGCAGGCUUGGUCCCAGGGCAUGAGGACUGCAAUGGCAGGAUGCCCAGCAUCGCCAAGGACGUCUUCACCAAGAUGGACGACCGCAGGGAUCGCGGCGAGGAGGAGGAGGAGAUGGACUACACUUUGUGCUUCCGUGUUCGCAAGAUGAUUGAUGCCUACAAGCCUGACUGGUGUGAGGUCCGUGAGGACUGGUCUGUCUACCUCUUCUCCCCGGAGAACAGGUGCCGAGUCCUGUGCCAGACCAUCAUUGCCCACAAGCUGUUUGACUACGUGGUCUUGGCCUUCAUCUUCCUCAACUGUAUCACCAUCGCUCUGGAGCGGCCCCAGAUUGAGGCUGGCAGCACCGAACGCAUCUUCCUCACUGUGUCCAACUACAUCUUCACCGCCAUCUUUGUGGGCGAAAUGACCCUGAAGGUGGUCUCUCUGGGCCUGUACUUCGGCGAGCAGGCUUACCUGCGCAGCAGCUGGAACGUCCUGGACGGCUUCCUGGUUUUCGUGUCCAUCAUCGACAUCGUAGUGUCCCUGGCUUCUGCUGGCGGAGCCAAGAUCCUGGGUGUCCUCCGGGUUCUGCGGCUCUUGCGUACUCUACGCCCCCUGCGUGUCAUCAGCCGGGCUCCAGGGCUGAAGCUGGUAGUAGAGACACUCAUCUCCUCCCUGAAGCCCAUUGGCAACAUUGUCCUCAUCUGCUGUGCCUUCUUCAUUAUCUUUGGCAUCCUGGGGGUGCAGCUCUUCAAGGGCAAGUUCUAUCACUGCCUGGGUGUGGAUACCCGCAACAUCACCAACCGCUCUGACUGCGUGGCCGCCAACUACCGCUGGGUCCAUCACAAGUACAACUUUGACAACCUGGGCCAGGCCCUGAUGUCCCUAUUUGUCCUGGCCUCCAAGGAUGGUUGGGUGAACAUCAUGUACAAUGGCCUAGACGCUGUCGCUGUGGACCAGCAGCCGGUGCCCAACCACAACCCUUGGAUGCUGCUGUACUUCAUCUCCUUCCUGCUCAUCGUCAGCUUCUUCGUCCUCAACAUGUUCGUGGGCGUGGUGGUGGAGAACUUCCACAAGUGCCGGCAGCACCAGGAGGCCGAGGAGGCGCGGCGGCGUGAGGAGAAGAGGCUGCGGCGCCUGGAGAAGAAGCGCCGGAAGGCUCAGCGGCUGCCCUACUACGCCACCUACUGCCCCACACGGCUGCUCAUUCACUCCAUGUGCACCAGCCACUACUUGGACAUCUUCAUCACCUUCAUCAUCUGCCUCAAUGUGGUCACCAUGUCCCUGGAGCACUACAACCAGCCCACGUCCCUGGAGACAGCCCUCAAGUAUUGCAACUACAUGUUCACCACCGUCUUUGUGUUGGAGGCUGUGCUGAAGUUGGUGGCAUUUGGCCUGAGACGCUUCUUCAAGGACCGGUGGAACCAGCUGGACCUGGCCAUCGUGCUGCUGUCGGUCAUGGGCAUCACUCUGGAGGAGAUUGAGAUCAACGCUGCCCUGCCCAUCAACCCCACCAUCAUCCGCAUCAUGCGGGUCCUACGCAUUGCCCGGGUGCUGAAGCUGCUGAAGAUGGCCACGGGCAUGCGGGCGCUGCUGGACACGGUGGUGCAAGCCCUGCCCCAGGUGGGCAACCUCGGCCUGCUCUUCAUGCUGCUUUUCUUCAUCUAUGCUGCCCUGGGAGUGGAGCUCUUCGGGAAGCUGGUCUGCAAUGAUGAGAACCCGUGUGAGGGCAUGAGCCGGCAUGCUACUUUCGAGAACUUUGGCAUGGCCUUCCUCACGCUCUUCCAAGUCUCCACUGGUGACAACUGGAAUGGGAUCAUGAAGGACACAUUGCGGGACUGCACGCACGACGAGCGCAGCUGCCUGAGUAGCCUGCAGUUCGUGUCACCUCUGUACUUCGUCAGCUUCGUGCUCACAGCACAGUUCGUGCUCAUCAACGUGGUGGUAGCCGUGCUCAUGAAGCACCUGGACGACAGCAACAAAGAGGCCCAGGAGGACGCUGAGAUGGACGCCGAGCUGGAGCUGGAGAUGGCCCAUGGCCUGGGCCCCGGCCCGCGCCCACUGGCUGGCUCCCCGGGGGUGCCCAGCCGAGGGCCUGGGGGGGCGGGCGGGGGUGACGCCGAGGGCCGUCUGUGCCGACGCUGCUACUCUCCAGCCCAGGAGAACCUGUGGCUGGACAGCGUCUCUUUAAUCAUCAAGGACUCCUUGGAGGGGGAACUGACCAUCAUCGACAACCUGUCGGGCUCCAUCUUUCACCACUACUCCUCCCCGGCUGGCUGCAACAAGUGCCACCACGACAAGCAGGAGGUGCAGCUGGCAGAGACUGAGGCUUUCUCACUGAACUCAGACCGGUCCUCAUCCAUCCUGCUGGGUGACGACGUGAGCCUGGAGGAUCCCACCGCCUGUCCACCUGGCCCCAAAGACAGCAAGGCAGAGCCAGACCCACCUGAGCCAGUGCGUGUGGGGGACCUGGGUGAGUGCUUCUUCCCCUUGUCCAACACAGCUGUCUCCUCGGGUCCAGAGAACUUCCUGUGUGAGAUGGAGGCCAUCCCAUUCAAUCCUGUCCGGACCUGGUUGAAACAGGAUAGCAGCCAAGCCACCCAGAGCCUCUUCUCCCCAGAGGCCUCCAGCCCCCUCCUGACCAUGCCUGCUGAGUUCUUCCACCCUGCGGUGUCGGCCAGCCAGAAGGGGCCGGAGAAGGGUGCCAGCACUGGGGUCCUCCCCAAGAUUGCCCUGCAGGGCUCCUGGGCAUCCCUGCGGUCCCCGAGCGUCAACUGCACCCUCCUGCGGCAGGCCGCCGGGAGCGACACGUCGCUGGAGGCCAGCCCCAGCAGCUCGGCGGGCAGCCUGCAGACCACGUUGGAGGACAGCCUGACCCUGAGCGACAGCCCGCGCCGCGCCCUGGGGCCGCCCGCGCCCGCGCCCCGCGCCGUCCUGUCUCCCGCGGCGCCCCGCAGCCUGAGCCUGCGCGGCCGCGGCCUGUUCAGCCUGCGGGGGCUGCGCGCCCACCAGCGCAGCCACAGCAGCGGCGGCUCCACCAGUCCCGGCUGCACCCACCACGACUCCAUGGACCCCUCGGACGAGGAGGGCGGGCGCGGCGCGGGCGGCGGCGGGGGCAGCGAGCACUCGGAGACGCUCAGCAGCCUGUCGCUCACGUCGCUCUUCUGCGCGCCCGGGCCGCCGCCGCCGCCCCGCAGGGUCAGCAGCACCAGCAGCCUGGCCGCCCCGCCCCGCGGCCUGGCCCGCAGCCCGUCCUGGGCUGCCGGCUGCAAGGACCCGCCCGGCCCUGCGCCCGCACCCCCGCCCCCGCCUGGCCCAGCGCAGCUGCAGCCCGCGGCAGGGGCCCGCAAGAGCAAGAGAUGAGGGCAGCGGGGCCGCCGCCCCGUCUCACCUUCCUUACCUCAGGGGCUCCGGGGCAGACAGCAAUACUUGGUCGCCUGCCGGGGCGCCUGCCCGCCCGCCCGCAGGGGCCCGUCCGCCCGCCGCACCCGCGAGGCUGAGCAGGGUCUGGGUGGCUGAGGCUCAGAGAGGCCCCAGCCGUGGCCCAGCCGUGUAUAUACAUACAUACAUACAUAUAUUGAUACAUAUAUAUAUAUGCAUAUACAUAGACAGACAUAUAUAUUUAUUUUUUUUUACUGAGAGCUUAUGACUUCCAGAAAGUGCUAGAGGUGGGGAGUGCAGGUUGGGUCUCCCGCCCCCCUCCCCCGGGUGUUUGUGGGAUGCUCAGCCACUCAGCAGCCCAACAGACCCCCUCCCCCACCCCAGUUCCCUAGCGGGUGACUGGCAGCUGUGCAUUCUGGAGUUUGCCCAGAGCUGGGAGCUCUGGGGUUCCCCUGGUCUGGGGGUGAGGGGCAGACCCAGAGGAAGAGGUGAAAUCCAAGGUGCGUUUUAUCUUUAAAGAAGACUAGCUGCUAAGUUCCUGCCCCUCCCCACGUGUGUGUGUGUGUGUGUGUGUGUGUGU